AACUUUGUGGGUUUGGAUUCACCAUCAGUCAUUCCCAGCAGAACCCAGCCAAAUGCAGCUGGUAACUUGAAGAAUUUGGAAUUGCUUUUGGCCUCCAUCUUCUUGGACACUCUUCCUUCUAGGACUGCUGUGGUUUUUCAGCUUAUGUGUGAUUGGAGUUGGCUUGCUUCUGGAAAUCCUUCAGCUUAGAUAAGUUGGCUUUUAACUGAACUGCUUCAUCCUUGGGAAAAGGUAAUGUUUAUUAAAUUUCACUGAACAUACAAACAGAUGCUCGUGGAAGGCAAAAGAAGAGGACCAAAAGAUAAAAAAGUGCCGUUGGCAAAAAGGAGUGAAUAUGAAACUAAGAAGACACUUGGAGAAAGCAUGCAGAAGACUCUAGGAGGGAUGGGUGUAGUGGUGCACUCCUGUAAUCCCAGCAGUAGGCAGGCUGAGGCAGGAGGAUAGCUGUGAGUUCAGGGUCAGUCUAGGCUACAUGAUGAGCUCAAGGCCAGUCUGAAUUACAUAGAGAGAUCUUGUCUCAAAAAUAAAUAAAUAAAUAAAUAAAUAAAUAAAUAAAUAAAUAAUUCUAAGUAGCAGAGUGAGAAGAAGGCUGGAGCUAGCUGCUGACCACUAGUCUAAGAGACGAGCAUGGGCAUUGCACACACUGAGCUGUGCUCCUGGAAAUCGACUGAAAAGGCUGUUGGAUUUGACCAUUAAGAAAUUUAAGGGUUGUAGGAAACACACCUUGUGGGCUGCUUCAGCUGGGGUACUGAGUCUGCUCCUGCUUUUAGGUCAGGAGAAAAAGGAUCUCUAGCAGCUAAAUUAAAGAAGAAGAAAGAUCAGAUCUUAUAUCUCUUCAUAACUUUUCAAAGUGCUUGAAUACCAGGGACAUUGAAAUUGUAAUCCAGCUCUAAGUAAGUCACAAGGCCUGGCUCUUUUAUCUGAUGCACAGGGAUCAAUAUGGGGAGCCCUAUGAUGUGGGGAGCAACAUGACCAUCAUAACCAUAGAUUAUCAUCAGUGUGACACAGUCAGCUUUGUGGUCCAUGCUCUUUAGAAUCAAAGGCAAAAUGUCUAAGUCAGACUUCAAAACUCAGAAUAAUUUCUCUUCCACUUCUGGAACACUUCUGGAUGACAGAAUUGCUCUGUAAAAGGCCUUUUCUGAUCUGGUGGAUGAAAAUCCUCCAGGCUCUGCCUGCGUUAAACCUUGCUCCCAUGUCUUCCACCAAUGUUAUCUCCAGCUGCAUUUUUAAAUCUAUGUUCUGCUUGGUUAAGCUUUAUGUACAGCAGUAUGUCUUGAUCCAUACUAAGAUUUAUCUAGACAAAAUUCUAUGCUUGCCACCUGCCUUGAUUUUUGACCAAGUUGAUUUUGCCUCACAUCUCUUUUUGAGAUCUACAUCUAUUGUGCCCUAGAUCAGUCUAGUAUGUCAUGCAUACAAUGGUAUUUGGGAAAUUCCUUAAAAGUUAAUUAAUUUGGAUUUUUUGAGACAAUCUCAGUAUGUAGCCUAGACUGGUCUUGAACUCAUAACAAUCCUCCGGCCCCAGCAUUCUGAUUGCUGGGAUCACAGGUAUGUGCCACCAUGCCUGGCUAGUAAUUCUAAGUGUAUAAGAUGCACAUACAUGUAUGCAGAGUAUGUAAACUACUAUCACAAUACAUCUGUGUGUAUUAGUCAGGAUUCUCCAGAGAAACAGAACUGAUAGAAUACAUAGAUAGAGUUAUGAGAGAAUAAGUCAUGAGAUUAUGAAAACCAAGAAGUCCCAUGACCUGCUGUCUGCAGUCUGGAGGUCCAAGAAGGCCACUGGUAAAUUCCAGUCCAAGCUAGAGUGCCUGGAAAUCAGGGGAACCAACCAGUAAGCUGCAGCCUGACUCUAAAGGCUGAAGAAUCAGGAACUCUCAUGUCUGAGGACAGGAGAGGAUGGAUUCCCUUCCUCCAGAAGAGCAAACUCACCCUUCCUCCACCUAUUAGAUGAUGUUCACCCAUAUUAGUAAGGUAAUUUUUACUCAGUCUACCAAUUCAAUUGCUAAUCUAUUCUGGAAGCACCUGUACAAGCACAUUCCCAAUAAUAUUUUACUAACAUUAUAGGUAAUCCUCAGACCAGUAUAGUUGACACAUAAAGUUAACCACUAUGCUGUGAUAUUAAAAUUUCAUGGGUGAGAAUUUUUUUUAUUGAAGUCUAGAAAGUUUCCUUAUCAUGAUGAUGAUGAGGAAGGAGAUGAGAAAUGUGGCGAGAGGUGACGAUGUUAGGAGAGAAGCAAGGAAGAAAAUGGAGGAAGCCGUAUCAUCUGGAGAGGACUGCAACCCAGCAAGCGAAUGUGCUGUGUGAAACCCCUUCAAACUUAUUAGCUAGGAUUUUGUUCUCAUUUCAGUCUCCCUAUGUAUGUUUCUGCAGAAACAGCAGCAAUAUGUUCCAUAGGGACAUUAGCCUGCCCAUCUGCUGCAGCACUUGUUAAGCUAAUUAUCCUCUUGGAGGUAAGUCUUUGCUCAUAUUUUGCAACACAAGAAAGACAAUGAAAAGGACUGCUUACAGUGUGUUUGUAGAAGCUCUUUCAUGGCACCCUUUCAAUGGGUUGGGCAAUUUAAAAGAUGCAAUUGUAAUCAUGACUAACUCAUUAAGAUGCUGGAGAAAAGCCUGAACAUCCUUAACCUACUUUUGAAAAGAGAGGCAAGAAAAUUACUGGAGUGGGGAUAAUCCAAGAAAAACAAUUUCAAGUCUUUGAAUCAUUGACAGACUCCAGAAGUUCUUUAGCUGAGCUGAAGGAUCUGGCCACUACUGAAAUAGAUAUGUGCAGGGGUAAAAGAAAGAGGGAGAACAAGAAUGGCAGCAGUCAGGAUCUGUUUUUCUUGGAGAAAGAAUUUCUCGACCUUCCUUCCCAGUAGAAUAGGAAGAGGAGGAAUAUUUCAAAACACCGAGUUGUCUGAUCUCCCCCGUGGCUGGCAGAGGAAGGAAAAACGUCCUUGAGUUACUCCAGGGUUGGAGGCUGACUAGCAGAAGGCUGAGUACUGUGUGCUACAGGGAGACAUGAAGAGCAUUGCAGUGUCGAGAUGACUAUGAGCCCUGUGUAAAUGAAGGAAUUUGUGUUACCUACCACAAUGGCACAGGAUACUGCAAAUGUCCAGAAGGCUUCUUGGGAGAAUAUUGUCAACAUCGAGAUCCCUGUGAGAAGAAUCGUUGCCAGAAUGGUGGGACCUGUGUGGCCCAGGCCAUGUUGGGGAGAGCUACCUGCCGGUGUGCUCUGGGGUUCACAGGGGAGGACUGCCAGUACUCAACCUCUCAUCCCUGCUUUGUGAAUCCUCCCUGCCAGAAUGGAGGCACCUGCCACAUGCUCAGCUGGGAUACCUAUGAGUGUACCUGCCAAGUAGGGUUUACAGGGAAGCUGUGCCAGUGGAUUGAUGCCUGCCUGUCUCAACCAUGUGCAAAUGGAAGUACCUGUACCACUGUGGCCAACCAGUUUUCCUGCAAAUGUCUCGCCGGCUUCACAGGGCAGAAGUGUGAGACUGAUGUCAAUGAGUGUGACAUUCCGGGACAGUGUCAGAAUGGUGGCACCUGCCUCAACCUGCCUGGUUCCUACCAGUGCCAGUGCUCCCAGGGCUUCACAGGCCAGCACUGUGACAACCCCUAUGUGCCCUGUGCGCCCUCCCCCUGUGUCAAUGGAGGCACUUGCCGGCAGACGGGUGACUUUACUUUCGAGUGUAGCUGCCUUCCAGGUUUUGAAGGGAGCACCUGUGAGCGGAAUAUUGAUGACUGCCCCAACCACAGGUGUCAGAAUGGAGGGGUUUGUGUGGAUGGUGUAAACACUUACAACUGCCGCUGCCCUCCUCAGUGGACGGGACAAUUCUGUACCGAGGACGUGGAUGAGUGCCUGCUGCAGCCCAAUGCCUGUCAGAACGGAGGCACCUGCACCAACCGCAAUGGGGGCUAUGGUUGCGUGUGUGUGAAUGGCUGGAGCGGAGACGACUGCAGUGAAAACAUCGACGACUGUGCCUUUGCGUCCUGCACCCCGGGCUCCACCUGCAUUGACCGUGUGGCGUCCUUCUCCUGCAUGUGUCCUGAGGGGAAGGCAGGUCUCUUAUGUCAUCUGGAUGACGCCUGCAUCAGCAAUCCUUGCCACAAGGGGGCACUAUGUGACACCAACCCUCUGAAUGGACACUACAUUUGUACCUGCCCACAGGGCUACAAAGGAGCAGACUGUACAGAAGACGUGGAUGAAUGUGCUAUGACCAACAGCAAUCCCUGUGAGCAUGCAGGGAAGUGUGUGAACACAGAUGGCGCCUUCCACUGCGAGUGUCUGAAGGGCUAUGCAGGGCCUCGCUGCGAGAUGGACAUCAACGAAUGUCACUCAGACCCCUGCCAGAAUGAUGCCACCUGCCUGGAUAAGAUAGGUGGCUUCACCUGCCUGUGCAUGCCAGGUUUCAAAGGUGUGCAUUGUGAAAUAGAGAUAAAUGAAUGCCAGAGCAACCCCUGUGUGAACAAUGGGCAGUGUGUGGACAAAGUCAAUCGCUUCCAGUGUCUUUGUCCCCCUGGUUUCACGGGGCCAGUCUGCCAGAUUGACAUCGAUGACUGUUCCAGUACUCCCUGUCUGAAUGGGGCCAAGUGUAUCGAUCACCCAAAUGGCUACGAAUGCCAGUGUGCUACAGGUUUCACUGGUCUGUUGUGUGAGGAGAACAUCGACAACUGUGACCCUGAUCCCUGCCACCACGGUCAGUGCCAGGACGGAAUCGAUUCCUACACGUGCAUCUGCAACCCUGGGUACAUGGGUGCCAUCUGUAGUGACCAGAUUGAUGAGUGUUACAGCAGUCCGUGCCUGAACGAGGGGCGCUGCAUUGACCUUGUAAAUGGCUACCAGUGUAACUGCCAGCCGGGCACAUCAGGAGUUAACUGUGAAAUUAAUUUUGAUGACUGUGCUAGCAGCCCUUGUGUCAAUGGCACGUGUGUGGAUGGCAUCAGUCGUUACAGUUGUGUCUGCUCACCAGGAUUCACAGGGCAAAGAUGUAACGUGGACAUUGAUGAAUGUGCCUCCAAUCCCUGCCGCAAGGGUGCAACGUGCAUCAACGAUGUGAACGGUUUCCGCUGCAUAUGCCCUGAAGGUCCCCAUCACCCCAGCUGCUACUCGCAGGUGAACGAGUGCCUGAGCAAUCCCUGCAUCCAUGGGAGCUGUAUUGGCGGCCUCAGUGGAUAUAAGUGCCUCUGUGAUGCAGGCUGGGUUGGAAUCAACUGUGAAGUGGACAAAAAUGAAUGUCUUUCUAACCCAUGCCAAAAUGGAGGAACUUGUGACAAUCUGGUAAAUGGAUACAAGUGCACUUGCAAGAAGGGCUUUAAAGGCUACAACUGCCAGGUGAACAUUGAUGAAUGUGCCUCAAAUCCAUGUCUGAACCAAGGAACCUGCUUUGAUGAUGUUAGUGGUUACACUUGCCAGUGUGCGCUGCCCUACACAGGCAAGAAUUGUCAAACAGUGUUGGCUCCCUGUUCCCCAAACCCCUGUGAGAAUGCUGCUGUUUGUAAAGAGGCACCAAAUUUUGAGAGUUUCACUUGCUUGUGUGCUCCUGGCUGGCAAGGUCAGCGAUGUACGGUUGACAUUGAUGAGUGUGUCUCCAAGCCCUGCAUGAACCAUGGUCUCUGCCAUAACACCCAGGGAAGUUACAUGUGUGAGUGUCCUCCGGGCUUCAGUGGUAUGGACUGUGAGGAGGACAUCAAUGACUGCCUUGCCAAUCCUUGCCAGAAUGGAGGUUCCUGUGUGGAUGGAGUGAAUACUUUCUCCUGCAUGUGCCUUCCUGGCUUCAUUGGGGAUAAGUGCCAGACAGACAUGAAUGAGUGUCUCAGUGAACCCUGUAAGAAUGGAGGGACCUGCUCUGACUAUGUCAACAGUUACACCUGUAAGUGUCAGGCAGGAUUCGAUGGAGUCCACUGUGAGAACAACAUUGAUGAGUGCACUGACAGUUCCUGUUUCAAUGGCGGCACCUGUGUGGAUGGGAUUAACUCCUUCUCUUGCCUGUGCCCUGUGGGUUUCACUGGUCCCUUCUGCCUCCACGAGAUCAAUGAAUGCAGCUCUCAUCCGUGCCUCAAUGAGGGGACAUGUGUUGAUGGUCUGGGCACCUACCGCUGCACCUGCCCCUUGGGGUAUACUGGGAAGAACUGCCAGACCCUGGUGAACCUCUGCAGCCAGUCUCCAUGUAAAAACAAAGGCACUUGCAUUCAGGAAAAGGCAGAGUCUCGGUGUCUGUGUCCAUCUGGAUGGACUGGUGCAUAUUGUGACGUGCCAAACGUCUCCUGUGAUGUGGCAGCCCUCAAUAAAGGUGUGCUUGCCAAGAACCUAUGCAAGAACUCAGGUGCCUGCAUCAACGCUGGCAACACACAUCACUGCCAGUGCCCACUGGGGUACACGGGAAGCUACUGUGAGCAGCAGCUAGAUGAAUGUGCAUCCAAUCCUUGCAAGCAUGGUGCUACCUGCACUGAUUUCAUUGGUGGAUACAGAUGUGAGUGUGUUCCAGGAUAUCAGGGUGUCAACUGCGAAUAUGAAGUCGAUGAGUGUCAGAAUCAGCCAUGCCGGAAUGGAGGCACCUGUGUUGACCUCGUGAACCAUUUCAAGUGCUCGUGCCCACCAGGCACUAGGGGCUUAUUCUGUGAAGAGAACAUUGAUGACUGUGCUGGGGGUCCCCACUGCCUCAACGGUGGUCAGUGUGUGGACAGGAUUGGGGGCUACAGCUGUCGAUGCUUGCCUGGCUUUGCUGGCGAGCGAUGUGAAGGAGACAUCAACGAGUGUCUCUCCAACCCCUGUAACUCCGAGGGCAGUCUGGACUGCAUCCAGCUCACCAACAACUACCAGUGUGUCUGCCGAAGCACCUUUACUGGCCGUCACUGUGAAACCUUCGUGGAUGUGUGUCCUCAGAAGCCUUGUCUAAAUGGAGGGACUUGUGCUGUGGCCAGCAACAUGCCCGAUGGCUUCAUUUGUCGUUGUCCUCCAGGCUUCUCGGGAGCCAAAUGCCAGAGCAGCUGUGGACAGGUGAAGUGCAGGAAAGGGGAGCAGUGUGUGCAUACGGCCGCGGGGCCCCGCUGCUUCUGCCCCAGCCCUCAGGACUGUGAGUCGGGCUGUGCCAGCAGCCCCUGCCAGCAUGGGGGCAGCUGCUACCCACAGCGCCAGCCGCCGUAUUACUCUUGCCACUGCUCUGUACCGUUCGGGGGCAACCACUGUCAGUUCUACAUGGCCCCCACCAGCAUCCCUUCCGACAUCUGUGCCAGUCAGUAUUGUGCUGACAAAGCUCGAGAUGGUGUUUGCGAUGAGGUCUGCAACAGCCAUGCCUGCCAGUGGGAUGGAGGUGACUGUUCUCUCACCAUGGAGGACCCCUGGGCCAACUGCUCCUCCCCAUUGCCUUGCUGGAAUUACAUCAACAACCAGUGUGAUGAGCUAUGUAACACUGCCGAGUGCCUAUUUGACAACUUUGAAUGCCAAGGGAACAGCAAGACUUGCAAGUAUGACAAAUACUGUGCAGACCAUUUCAAAGAUAACCACUGUGACCAAGGAUGCAACAGUGAGGAGUGUGGCUGGGAUGGGCUGGACUGUGCUGCUGACCAACCUGAGAACCUGGCAGAGGGUACCCUGGUCAUUGUGGUGCUGAUGCCUCCUGAGCAGCUGCUCCAGGAUGCUCGCAGCUUCUUGAGGGCACUGGGCACCUUAUUGCACACUAACCUACGCAUUAAGCUGGACUCACAGGGGCUCCCCAUGGUGUACCCCUACUAUGGGGAAAAGUCAGCUGCCAUGAAGAAGCAGAAGUUGUCACGAAGGUCUCUUCCUGAUGAACAAGAACAGGAGGUGGCUGGCUCUCAAGUGUUUCUGGAAAUUGACAACCGCCAAUGUGUCCAGGACUCAGAGCAGUGCUUCAAGAAUACGGAUGCAGCUGCGGCUCUGCUGGCGUCUCAUGCAAUCCAGGGAACCCUGUCAUAUCCUCUUGUGUCUGUCGUCAGUGAAUCUCUGUCUCCAAAACCCACUCCGCUGCUCUAUUUACUUGCUGUUGCUGUUGUCUUUAUCCUGUUUAUUAUCCUGCUGGGAGUAAUCAUGGCAAAACGAAAGCGCAAGCAUGGUUCCCUCUGGCUGCCUGAAGGUUUCACCCUUCGUCGAGACUCCAGCAACCAUAAGCGUCGUGAACCUGUGGGACAGGAUGCUGUGGGGCUGAAAAAUCUCUCCGUGCAAGUUUCAGAGGCUAAUUUAAUUGGUUCUGGGACAAGUGAACACUGGGUGGAUGAUGAAGGACCCCAACCAAAGAAAGCCAAGGCUGAAGAUGAGGCUUUGCUAUCAGAAGAAGAAGACCCCAUCGAUCGACGCCCAUGGACACAGCAGCACCUUGAAGCUGCGGACAUCCGCCGGACCCCGUCAUUGGCUCUCACGCCCCCUCAGGCAGAACAGGAGGUGGAUGUGCUGGACGUGAAUGUCCGGGGUCCAGAUGGGUGUACUCCACUGAUGUUGGCUUCUCUCCGAGGAGGCAGCUCAGAUAUGAGUGAUGAAGAUGAAGAUGGAGAGGACUCUUCCGCCAACAUCAUCACAGACUUGGUCUACCAGGGUGCCAGCCUCCAGGCUCAGACAGACCGGACUGGUGAGAUGGCCCUGCACCUUGCAGCCCGCUACUCAAGGGCUGAUGCUGCCAAGCGCCUCCUGGAUGCAGGUGCAGAUGCCAAUGCUCAGGACAACAUGGGCCGCUGCCCUCUCCAUGCUGCAGUAGCAGCUGAUGCCCAAGGCGUCUUCCAGAUUCUGAUUCGCAACCGAGUGACUGAUCUGGAUGCCAGAAUGAAUGAUGGCACUACACCUCUGAUCCUGGCUGCCCGCCUAGCUGUGGAGGGAAUGGUGGCAGAACUGAUCAAUUGCCAAGCAGAUGUGAAUGCAGUGGAUGACCAUGGAAAAUCUGCUCUUCAUUGGGCAGCUGCUGUAAAUAAUGUAGAGGCCACACUUCUGCUGUUAAAAAAUGGAGCCAACCGAGACAUGCAGGACAACAAGGAAGAGACUCCUCUGUUUCUUGCUGCCCGGGAGGGUAGCUAUGAAGCAGCCAAGAUCCUGUUGGACCAUUUUGCCAAUCGAGACAUCACGGACCACAUGGAUCGUCUUCCGCGGGAUGUGGCUCGGGAUCGCAUGCACCAUGACAUUGUGCGCCUCCUGGAUGAGUACAACGUGACCCCAAGCCCCCCAGGCACUGUGCUGACUUCUGCUCUCUCACCUGUCAUCUGCGGGCCCAAUAGGUCAUUCCUCAGUCUGAAGCACACUCCAAUGGCCAAGAAGUCUAGAAGGCCCAAUGCCAAGAGCACCAUGCCUACUAGCCUUCCUAACCUUGCCAAGGAGGCUAAGGAUGCCAAGGGUAGUAGGAGGAAGAAGUCUCUGAGUGAGAAGGUCCAACUGUCGGAGAGCUCAGUGACUUUAUCCCCUGUCGAUUCUCUUGAGUCUCCUCACACAUAUGUGUCUGAUACUACAUCCUCUCCAAUGAUCACAUCUCCUGGAAUCUUACAGGCCUCUCCCAAUCCUAUGCUGGCUGCUGCUGCACCCCAGGCCCCAGUACAUGCACAGCAUGCACUGUCUUUCCCUAAUCCUCAUGAAAUGCAGCCUUUGGCUCCUGGGGCCAGCACCGUGCUUCCUUCUGUGAGCCAGCUACUGUCCCACCACCACAUUGUCCCACCAGGCAGUAGCAGUGCAGGAAACUUGAGUAGGCUGCAUCCAGUCACUGUCCCAGCAGAUUGGAUGAACCGCAUGGAGAUGAGUGACACCCAGUACAACGAAAUGUUUGGUAUGGUCCUAACUCCUGCUGAGGGCACUCACCCUGGCAUAGCUCCCCAGAGCAGGCCACCUGAAGGGAAGCAUGUCCCCACCCCACGGGAGACCUUGCCACCCAUUGUGACUUUCCAGCUCAUCCCCAAAGGCAGCAUUGCCCAGCCGGCUGGAGCUUCCCAGCCUCAGUCCACCUGCCCUCCGGCCGUUGCAGGCCCCCUUCCCACUAUGUACCAGAUUCCUGAGAUGGCCCGUUUGCCUGGGGUGGCUUUUCCCACUGCCAUGAUGCCCCAGCAGGAUGGCCAAGUAGCUCAGACCAUUCUCCCAGCGUAUCAUCCUUUCCCAGCCUCUGUGGGCAAGUACCCCACACCCCCAUCUCAGCAUAGUUACGCUUCCUCCAAUGCUGCCGAGCGAACCCCAAAUCACAGCGGUCACCUGCAAGGUGAGCACCCCUACUUGACACCAUCCCCAGAUUCUCCUGACCAGUGGUCAAGCUCAUCGCCCCACUCUGCUUCUGAUUGGUCAGAUGUAACCACAAGCCCUACUCCUGGGAGUGGUGGAGGUGGUCAGCGAGGACCUGGGACACACAUGUCUGAGCCACCACACAGCAACAUGCAGGUUUACGCAUGAGUCUCCCUCCAGAGUGGAGACAGAACUGCCUAUUGUAAAUGCUGCUGAGGAACAAAUGAAGGUCAUCCGGAAGAGAAAUGAAGAAAUAGCUCUGUAACCAGCUUUUGAAGGCAAAAGAAAGAAGAUGCUCCUAGGCUUCAGAUAAUGCACAAGAAGCAAUUAAUGAGCUUUAUUGAGUAUUUGCAGGAUUUUAGGGAAAGGACAUGGCUCCUCCUAAUCUCUUGCACAUCAAGCCAAUUUCAUAGACAUGCAAGAUAGAUACAAGCUUUGGGGCCACGUUUACUGUCUUCUAUUUGGAGAAUAAGAUGGAUGCCUUUCGCAGCCCAGACAUUCUUGCAGCUCGGAUUGCAUUUUAAGCCCUGGGGGCUUCUAUAUAUCCUUGAGAAGAUUCUACACUAGAGUCCAGUUGAGAAUUUUGCCCUGGAAUUCUGCCCAAGUUGACUUAUCUCAUCUUCUCAGCCUUGAAAUUCUGUUGACUGCAUUUGGUGCUUUCCUUUGUGCACCUCUCUGUGGUUGGACCCUACCUGCAUAUGAUAGGGCAACGCCUCUGUUCUUUUAGACAUCUUCGGCCUUCCUCUUCCCUCCUAUUUUCUUUACAUUCAUAAGAGCCUCCCAUGGUUAACCUUGGUUGUGGUUCUUAGCAUAAACCUCCAAAUACAUUUCUAGAAAACGGAAAUGUUGCAUUCUACACACAUCAUUCCUAGGAGAAAGAAAGCAAAAUGUUUUUCUUCGGAUCAAUAUUGGGAGCAUGAGUUCCCUUCAAGAGGCUGCACCUUAAUUCUGUUUCUUGCAUUCAAGACUUCAUUUAAAACUUACCAGAAGGAAACAUACAUGCCCAUUGUUUUUUUCUUUUGUUUAUUUGUUUUGUUUUGAUUUUUUUUUUUGUGGGCCUGGUCUGUGUCAAGUUUUAUCUUUGUAGCCUAGAUACUAUGAUCUUUUUAAACCAGACAAGGAGAAAAAGGUUAGAGGUUGGACUCACCAAGAGAUAAGCUAAUUCACGCAAGAAGCAGUUACUACCCGCAGUUCCCUCUGUGCCGAGCAUUCCAUGACUGCUACUGUGAACACACUUGUUCUGGAUCUCAGAGCCCUAGGCCCGCUUUCCUCACUCAUCCAGAUGAAGUUGGUAGCUGUUGAGCUUUUCUGUACAUCUCCACAGAUGAAAAUGUCUCAGACAACAUAUCCUUGCCAUUUAGGACUGAACCUUCUUUGGCUCAGGAAACCCAGUAUCACUCUCCUUUUCGUCAUAGUUCCUACUUUUUGGUUUUCUUGUAGAGCAGAAACUUACUGCAAUUUCUCUCUGUGCUAUAAUCUGAGUUACUGGUGCCCUUAGUAGGUUUGCACUGAAGACAUGGAUUUUCUGUUGUACAGAAAAUGGAAAAUUGGAUGACUUCUGUAGGGUGCACUGUGAGGCAACCUGUGCUAGGUUUUGUUACUCUUGCAUUUCAUCUGAAACAAUCAGGACAUUUCUUUUUUGGCAACUAACAUAGAAACUUAACAGGGGUUUUUUCCUUUCCCAGAGUUACCUGGAUGAUAAUGGAUUAAAGACUUGCUUGUCACUGCCAUCGUUAUGUUUAGAUUAUGAUUACACCUUACCUGAAUCUGUUCUCUGUGUUGUGAUCUUGACAGCUUCAUCUACUCUGUCAAGAACAGAAGUAUUUUAGUCAACUGUAGGAACAGGAAAAUAGUGUCCUUCCUCUUUUUCUUGGGUCAGUUAAUAAUUGGUCCAGUGGCCACAUUGUCACUUCCAUCGGUACUGUGAUGCCUUGACAUCUGGAAAUUAGAUUUUUCAGGGCACUUUGUACCUAUUAUUAGUAGAUGUGUUGCCUGUUUUGGUUUAAUGAUAAUCUUCAUUCCUACAGUGUGGGGUGGACCCCAGUGCUACCCACUUACAGGAGCUGUGUUUCGGUAUGGUAGUCUACAAAUAGUUCUUUUCAGUCCUGUUCAAAUUCAUCGAACCAACAAAGUUCUGCCUGAUGUAUGCAGAUUGUUUGCACAUUCUGUUUUGUUCUCUCCAUGGCAGCCCCUAUUACAGUGUGUAAACACAUUAUUCUACAUGGUGACUUUUUACCCUCGAACCUCUUCACUAGUCCCGCAAAUUGCUGUGGAACAUGUCACAUCACCCUUGCUUCCCUUCUGUGCCAGUGCCACUGCCUGAAAGGAUCAGCACUUGAUCCAACCACUGGAUCUUUUAUACACCCCGCCCCGACAUGCACACAGUGUGGAGUUAACCAGCAUGUUUUCCUUCGUGGGAUACUUUAGCUUGGUUCUUCUGGGUUUGGGGUUGUGGAGUGUGAAAAGGCUGCCCAUGCAGACAGCUGGCUCCAGGGAGGAGGAAGACACUGCCUCUUAAGCAUUCUAGCAUUCUAGCACUAUUAGAUUUUAAGCACCCUUGAGUCAUGUAAUAUCUAAUAAAAGGGAAGGUAAGAUGGAGAAUCACGUUCUCAUUUGGGUUCUCAGUUGGAUGUUGGGUUACAUGUUUAAUGCCAUGGAUAGGUCUCUCCAUUUAAAAAACAUUCUUCCUUCUUUUGAAUCCUCUUCUGCCUACCUUUAAGGAUAGGGUUUUUGUUGUUGUUGUUGUUUGUUCCUUUCUUUUAAGCAUGAUUUUCUGAUUUACAUGAAGGUGGAGGAGGGAGAGGUUUGAAGGAAAGGCUGACGGAGUGUUAAAGAUUUUAAUGUAAGCAGAUGUGAUACUCAAGCCCAUUUUAUCAUUUUAUUGUUAAAAUAUUUUUGCAUAGAAAAGAACCAAAGGUGUAAUGUUUUGUUGGCCUGUGGUUUGGGGAUUUGGGCCUUAACCAAUACAUUGAAUGUAUGAUGACUAUUAGGACACAUGUAUGUGUCCCAAGGCCCCCACCAAUAACUUUUUGGUACUAUGGCAACUUUCUUGUGUAUAUUUCUCUUAAAAAUGAUACUGUAUCUGUUUGUAUGAGAAACCUAGUAAUCAAUAAAAUGACUGCAUAUUCCUGACUAAGGAAAGUGCACACUUUGUUUUUACUUUCCAAAAUUUCAUUCUAAAAGUAGUUAAGAUGAAAUUUAUAUGAAAGCAUUUUUAUCACAAAAUAAAAAGGUUACAUGUCAA